AUGCCAUACUUGAAACGUACUAUAAAGGAACACAAAAUCAUAAUUUUCACAAUUCGGUUUGAAAAUCUGGCAGUAGCUGGAGCUGCUAUACAGUCGUCAACAUCUGCGGACUGGUUUGCUGAAAAAGCCAUUGAUCGAGGUCUCCAGCAGCUGUAUACGGGAUGCUCCUCAACCCUUAAUGAGACAGACCCGUGGUGGAGGCUGGAUCUGCAGGAUGUCUACCGAGUUAGUAAAGUGGUCGUCACUAAUAGAAAAGACUGCUGUGCAGAACAAAUAAACGGAGCAGAGAUUCGCAUCGGAAACUCUUUGGAGAAAAACGGCAUCAACAAUCCCAUAUGUGCUGUUAUUCCUGCUAUUCCAGCAGGUGAGUCCUACAGCUACUCAUGUGAUGGGAUGGAGGGACGUUACGUGAAUCUGAUCAUUCCUGGAGACAUGAAGAUACUCACUCUGUGUGAGGUGAAGGUCUAUGGAGAAGGUCCCUGUUUAAAAAGAUCAUUUGUAAAACUGCUGUUUCACUCCAGCAAAGAUUUGACCGACUCUACAAUAAGAGAAAACGUUCUGAAACAGUUGGGAUCUGCUCUGGCUGAUAGAGGAAUCACAGACGUGACACUGAGGUGGUCUCAAACCCCUAAACAGGAAGUGAAGCAGAACGCUGACAAACGUCGUUGUGAUUCAAGUAUGCAAUAAUUCCCUGGAAAUCAACAGUGUCUCUGACUCACUAAAUUCACAUUCAUUCAAUUUCUUCAUAAUUUAUGAAAGCUCGUUUCCAUCACUGAAUAAAAAAUAAAACAAGGUAAUUGUGACUUUAUCUCACAAUUCUGACAUAAAGUCCAUUCUGAGGGGAAAAAAGAGAGACUUUUCUUACAAUUGCAAGUUUAUAUCUCGCACUUUAUUACUUUAUUUCUCAGAAUUGUGAGAGUAGUAACUAUGCUCGACAGCUGGACAACUUUGUUUGCGAUUGGUGCGAGAGGGUUUUGGUUUGCAGAACUUCGCACACUAGAUGAGAAACGGCAUUAUAAUGCAUUAUAAUUGUAGCAAAUCCUUGUUAAUGUACUACAGUCUGUAAGAUUGUACUUUUUACAUCCUAGUCUGUACAUUUUAAUAUUAGAAACAGUACUAAUAGCAUUAUUUAGAUGCCAGAUACAUUAUGUAUUUUUUAAGCUAUGACUUUGGAUAAUUGAUUUUUAGAAUAGAGAUCACGGUUCUCCCACGAUUCAGAAAUCAAAACAUUAGACAACCAA